CUCCCUUGUCCCAAGGUGAAUUCGUCUUUGCUCAUGUUCUACGUAGUUUUGUGAAGCUCAUAAGUAAUAUUAGGCCCUCAGCAUCAUCACUAUCCGUGCUAUUCAAUCCACUGAUUCUUUGAUCGUUAUUAAUUGGCGCCGUCUGUGGGGAAAGAUUGUUUUACAGUUUUCUUCUCCAUGACAAUAGGUUGAUGGUACGGACUAGAUCGAGGGCGACUAGCCCAAGCCAUCAGGGAAGCAGAGAUGCUUCAAGCAACCCUAAUCAUGAUCGUCAAUCUGCACCGGUCAUGCAGACAUCAUCUGUCCAACAUGUGCAAUCUAUGGCGGCCGCAAUGGUGGAGUUGACUCGCCAAAACCAAGAGUUAAGAAUGGAGAUUAAUCUAAGGAGGCAGACACGUGAAGAACGUGAAGGAGGAGGACAAAUACAAAGUCAUGAUGAUAGAGAGAAUACUGAAAUUGGAAGUCAGUUAAGAGGCACCACUUCACAAACGGUACCACAUUUGAAAGAAGAGAUGGACCAAAUAAAGAGAGUCAUGGAGGAAAUGAAUGAGAAUAUGAGGAGGGCGAAUCCGAUAGAAGAUUUGGUCCACAGAACUGAUUCCCCCUUUACGGCUUCCAUUAACAAUCACCCUCUACCAUCAAAGUUCAAGUUGCCUUCUCUGAAUUCGUAUGAUGGAACAUGUGACCCGUUUGAUCACACUGCCACCUUUAAGACCACCAUGCACCUUCAAGUGGUUCCCAAUGAAAUAAUGUGUAGAGCCUUCCUGAUUACCCUCAAAGGCCCAGCACGAGUUUGUUCUAGCAAAAUACCCCCGAAUUCGGUAAGUUCUUUUGAAGAGUUGAGCAAGUUGUUUGUUAAUAAUUUCAUUGGAGGACAAAGACACAAGUGUUCCUCGUCCAGCUUGUUGACCAUAGAGCAAGGAGAGAAUGAGAGCCUACGGUCGUUCAUCACCUGUUUCAAUAGAGAAGCCCUAAGUGUGGACGAGGCAGAUGAUAAGCUCCUAUUGGCGGCCUUCCACAAUGGGGUGAAUUCGGAUUUGUUUAUACAUAAACUCUAUGAAAAAGAGCCUCAGUCUAUGGCUGAACUCGUCCAUUCGACUCAAAAUUUUAUGAAUGCAGAAGACGCGAUCAUCAAUAAGAAGAGGAAGAGAUCUGAAAGAGUAGAAGCAAACCCCAGUUGCCAUCCCGAGCAAGGCUCUCGUCCAAAGAAAGGACGGACGGAAGAAAGGAAAGACCGGGAUAGUAAGAAGCCAAGCUCUUCAGCGUGGAACCAACAAUAUACCCCUUUGAACGUGCCACUUGAGUAGGUCCUUGUGCAAAUCAAGGAUGAUCCUUCCUUAAAGUGGCCGGAGAAAAUGAAGGGAGAUCCCAAUAAGUGCAAUAGAAACAAGUAUUGUCGCUUCCAUAGGGAUCACAGUCAUGAUACAGACGAGUGUUUUGAUUUAAAGCAGCAAAUUGAAAAUCUCAUAAGGCAAGGGAAGUUGAGGAAUUUCCUUGGAUGAGACCACAGGGACGAUAAACUGAAAGGGAAGAUGGAAGAAUCAUCACGGCUAGGGGUGUGCGCGGUUCAGUAAGGGCGGUUUUUUUCCAAAUUUAUUACUGUCCACAAAUGCCAAAAGAAAGAUAUACAAAUUAAAUUAGCAUUUAGGAAAAAAAAUGCUAAUUGCUUGUAUCCCCAAUAAUAAUCCCACCCAUAA